ACGCACGAAAAUGCAAAAGUCUGGAUUUCAAAGAUGGCGCCUCUCAAGCCGGUUGUGUUUUCGGUGCUUGUUGUUGCAUUAUUUGUUCUUGGCAUCUUCGAUGUCAUAACAAACUACGAAGAAAAUAAAUGCGAGAUGACGUGGAUGUUUGAAAUGCCACAAUAUUUGAGAGUUCCAAUGUCAAAGAAGAUUAUGGAGAAGUUUCCAAAUUAUGGACUGUAUGUUUAUGGAGAAGGGCAGUACGCUGUUACUUUACAGUCAAUGCAAAUGACAGGUGUUCCAGUGCUGUUUAUUCCAGGAAAUGCGGGAAGCUACAAACAAGUACGAUCUCUGGCGUCUGUGGCAUUUCGCCGGGCAGUCGACAAGCGUAAGCUGUACCACUUCAACUUUUUCUCUGUUGAUCUCAACGAGGAAUAUUCCGGAUUGUAUGGAUCCUGCCUCCAGGAUCAGACAGAGUUUGUGCAUGAAGCCAUCAAGAAGAUAUUUGGUCUGUACAAAAACGCAGAAAUAAAACCGAAGACGAUCAUUCUUGUGGGUCAUUCCAUGGGUGGGCUGGUGGCUAGGGGAUUGUUUACACUGCCAAACUUCAAUGCUAAUCAGGUGAAUACCAUCUACAUGCAAGCCACGCCCAACCAGUCCCCUGUUGUAGUCACGGAUGCAGAUCUGGCCUCCUAUCACCAGGCUGUGAACACGUACUGGCGGGCGCACGGCAACACUACGCUUGCUCAUGUGACUCUUGUGUCUAGCGGUGGUGGGGAGUACGAUGUACAGGUCCGAGGGGGAUUGACACCACUUGACGGGAUUACAGAUGAAGAAAGAGGUAUCAGCUCAUCGACUACCCAUAUCCCAAAAGCCUGGGUGUCCACCGACCAUCGCUGUAUAGUUUGGUGCAAACAGGUUGUGUUGGCUUUCGUAAGGUCCAUGUUUGAUAUCGUCAGAGAAGACACCCAUGUGGUGUCUGAUGACAUUGCCUACAGAAUGCACGUGUUCCGUCACCACUUCGUUCAGAACCCGGGAUCCAUAGGUCAUGUCACCCACUGGCCCGACACCCUCACACUCCAGCCCGGUCAGUGGUCAGAAGUCAAUAGCAAGCUUCACAGAUGGAGGAAAGAUAAGGUUGAUGAGAUGACAUAUCUGUCCAUCCCCAUUGGACUGUUUGACGAUGUAGACCAUGCAAUGGUGCAGUCAAAUAUCAUGCACGAUAGCUGGGUUUGUGUCUGUGAACGAAAGGAAGGGGAAGAGCAUUGCACAUCAUGCCAUGAUAUCUCGUUCACUGGAAAUGUACUGCCACCUUUGUAUUCCAAUAAAAAGGUUGUCCACUUGGACCUGAAUGCAGAGGACAUGUUGCGAGUCACUCACAUUGUGGUGAUAGUGCCAGCAACAGAGAAACAGGUGGAGAUAUUGUGGGACGUGUACAGGCGAGACAAGCGCCACCUCAGUAACACGGUACCCGGUCUCAUGGAGACGAUGUUCUCGUACCCAGAGAGCAUCACCAAGGGCACUCUCAUACUGGACCUGGGAACUGAUGCAGCCUUCUACAGGCUCAAACUGUACAACAUGAACAACGUUCUCAAGGUGUACACAGUGCAGCUGCAUACAGCAAAAUGCAGGGAGCCCAAACCGGAUGACCAUGCUGGAAGUGUUAUAAGGUUACAUAUCCCAUGGAACAACGAAGACUCCUACAGAUUUGUUGGGUAUUCUCAGAGUGGUAACCUCAGUAUAAGGCUUCAGAACGUUCCACCAGAUCCCAUCAUCAACAUACAAAGUGGCGAGUACUCAUGGGACACUGCUAGCGCCACUAACGACCAUGUGGAGCUAUAUCUGCAUCUGGACCCCUCGUGUUCCUAUAAAGUCACCCUUGCACUGUCCUUCAAAGAGAUGCUGGGGCAGUUAGUCCGUUUCUAUGGCCUCCUGUUACCGACCUUCUGCGUGGCCGUCCUGUUGAUGUCUCUGGUUUUCCAGCUGAAAACAGUUGCUGCAGGUGGCCAGUGUCCCAGUCUGUUGAACUCCAUCUGGCAGAUGAAGCCAUACUUUGUGGUGCCCUUUGCACUAGUGAUACAAUAUGUACUGCAACUCCAGUUUGUCCAGUCUGCAUUGACCCCAAUGGGUAUCCCAGAACCAGAUAUUGCCGGUCUCAACAAGCAAGGGGUCAUGUUCAAAGGGGCACAACUCUUGCUUUACGUAAUUGCCCUUGCCAUCACAACAUUCCAGGCUGGAGUUAUUCACCUUAUCAUACAGUUCAAGAGUCGCUUGUUGGGUCUUAUGUUCGGGUGGUUACCAAGCAGCCUAGCCCGUAUGCUGGACAAGUUGAUGACGGUUCUAGUCAUAGCUGGUCUAGGGGCAGCAGUGUGUCUGAAUGGAUCUCUCGGAAUAUUUGUCUGCUACUUUGUUUCAUUUGUUAAAUUGCUUCGCCUGUGCUACUCGACCCGCCAGGUCCCAGACUCGAGUCUCCAGUCACGUUACCACUUGAUGCAGACAUUGUUCAUGCUGUGGCUAUGGCUGUUCAUGCUUAACGCGCCCCCGCUGGUUGUCUUUGGAAAAGCAGUACAGUCUUCCCACAGUGUAGUCGUCUUCUCUAGAGACCCAUCCAGGAUGGUAGGAGCUGCAGCAGUCUUUGUGUUCCUCAUUCUUUCCAUCUGUGAUACACCUCUACUGGGACGGACCAGUCUGCGUGCAGUUUCCUAUGUGGUUCAUGGGCUGGUCAUCCUAAUGCUCGUGUUUGCCAUGGUGACCCUGUAUCGGGUCACGUACAUACUGGUUGCUUCCCUUGGUCUCCUAGCUAUUGCACAGUUAUACAGCUUACUCAGUGGUAGACUGGCACCCAGACCAAAAACAGAGUAGUGUUGAUAGCAUAGACUGCAUGGUAUAUAGAUGGGUUAAAGCAUAGACUGGGAGCCUAGCAGAAAACUGAAUGUGGGGCUUGACUGGUAUCCUGGUGGAAAAUUUAAUUUUGCAAAGCGGCAAAGACUGGCAACCUUGUGGGUUAUUCAGCAGUUUCUGUGACUGAAGUGCCCAGGAUAAAAACUGACUAGUAAAUUAUAGUCUUAAAGCUGUCAGAGAAAAAGGCAGCCAUGCUCUUAUCACAACAAGUUUAUGUUAUGUCUUGAUUUUGAUAAUGUAACCAUUAAAGCAUGUUGAGAUUAUUUUGUAUUGAAAAUAAAUUAACAGAGUGCUCUAACAUUUUGAGAAUAUAACCAAUGUUUAUAUCAAUCAUGAACUUGUAUACAUGUAACUAUUGAUUCAAUGAUGCUAACAUAAUGACAGGUAAAGUUGUAAAAUUACUAAUUCAACAUACCUCUAAAAAUUUAAACAUAUAAGUAUUAUUUGUGUUCCUAUUCAUGUUUGAUAACAUUUAAUUGUGCCCUGUGUUACAAAAUGGCAAAGAACUACAGUUCCUUCAGCGCUUUCAUUUUUAUGUCCCCCACCCACUAUAGUGGGGUACAUAUUGUUUUUGCCCUGUCUGUUGGUGUGUUUGUUUGCCCCAACUUUAACAUUUUGCUAUAACUUUGGCAAUAAUGAAGAUAGCAACUUCAUACUUGGCAUGCAUGUGUAUCACAUGGAGCUGCACAUUUUGAGUGGUGAAAAGUCAAGGUCAUCCUUCAAGGUCAAAGGUCAAAUAUAUAGCUUCAAAGCAGCGCAGAAGGGGACAGAGUGUUUCCGACAAACACAUAUCUUGUUUGUUUUGUUUUGUCUGUAUCAAAUUAAUGUCUGUGAUGACCAUACAAUUUAUGGGCUACUCAAUAUACAAUAUUCAAGAAUGUUUGGAUUUUAGGAUUUACCAUUCUUAGGUCAAAAUAUCAUUUGAUGAAUGUAGUUAAGUAGGAUACAUAGCUGACAUUUUUUGCACAGUAUCCCAGCACUGCUCUGGACGAUACUUCUAAGGUGACAGGCAUUUACAGUCUAUGAUAUGACAUUGGUUUGUGUUUGAUUAUCUAUAUUGCAAUCAAUCCUUUACUUACCAAAUCUUUUUUGUAACUUGAUUAUUAUAUCUGAUUUGUUUUUAUUAAACCAUGUCGCCUUGCAUUUACAUUUUUUGUCCCCUAUCGGUUUCACCGGAGGGGACUUAUGGUUUGCGCUCUGUUCGUCUGUCUAUUAGUCUGUCUGUCACACUUUUCUGGAUCCUGCGAUAACUUAAAAAGUUCUUCAUAUUUUUUCAUGAAACUUGAAACAUGGAUAGAUGGCAAUAUGAAAAUUAUGCACGUCAUUUUGUGUCAAAAAUUCUGGUUGCUAUGGCAACAUAUAUAUAUAUAAAAAAUCUGACAAUGGUGGAGCCGGUAGUGGACAUAUAUUGCUAGGCAAUAGUAUUGUUUUUCAUAUCAUCUGUAUAAUAAAUUUAUCUAACAAA